AUGCUAAAAUCGUUUUGUUUGUUUUUCUCUAUCUAUCUCUCAGCCAAUGAAAGUCUUCCAAUUUAUGUCUAUCAACAUGACUGGACCAGAAAAGCAGUCAUUGGGGGUUAUGUCUACAGAGGAACCCAGCUACCGUGGUUGAACGGACAAUACAUUUUUGCCGACUUCUUGAGUCUGGAAUUGUUCCGCUUAGAAGAAGUUUCAGGCGCUGAAUGGAAAGCGGCGAUUUUGCCUUAUUGUUCACCGUCGAAGUGUGAAGACAGUCAACAAAAAUAUAGUAGUUUGAUGCAAUAUAUAUUGUCAUUCGGAGAAGAUUUAAAAGGGGAACUCUACCUUUUGGUUACCACUGACUUAUCGGGAACAGAAUCUACAGGAGCUGUUUUGCGCAUAUCUGCUCAAAUUAGAAACCACAGUCAUCGUCCAUUUUUCUCCGUCGUCUCUGGCAUUAUAGGUGUAGUAGCGUGGCAAGUAACGACAGCAACUCUUUGA